CCGCCAGCUCCUGGUUCCCCCUCCACUUUAAUCAACUGCCCGGCGAGCACUCCCAGAGCCCCCAGUUGGAGACGGAGAAAUCAAGAGGAAAGAGGAAGAUAAAGAGGGAGAGACACCUGCACCACUGCUUCUCCACGUAAAUUUUUGAAGAAAAAUGAUGGAAGAGAGUGGAAUAGAGACAACACCUCCUGGAACUCCUCCACCAAAUCCAGUUGGCCCUCCGGCAGCUGUUCCAAUGUCUUCCACCCCAGUUCCUCUAGCUGCAACCAGUUCUUUUUCUUCUCCAAAUGCCUCCUCCAUGCAGUCCCUGCCACCUCACUCAUACUCCACUCCACAGCCUCAGCCGCCUCUUCCUCCUGUGGUACCUUCAGCACCAGUUCCUUCCGUCCCCCCGCUUGCUACCUCAGCAUCACCUCCCCUCCCUCCUCCAAUGGCUGCGGCUGCUGCCUUUAGCAGUCCACCUGUAUCCCAGUUUGCUCCUCCCAGCUCUGCCCCAAGUACACUUUUAUCUGCACCCCCUCCGGCUCCUCCUACUUCAGGAUUUUCUGUUGGUUCAGCUUAUGACAUUACAAGGGGACAUGCAGGAAGAGCUCCCCAGACACCACUGAUGCCAUCAUUUUCAGCUCCUCCAGUUACAGGUGUCUUGCCAACUCCUGUAACUCAGCAAGCCAGCUUGACAUCUUUGACCCAGGGCACUGGAACUCCAUCAGCCAUCACAUUUCCAGAGGAACAGGAAGAUCCUAGAAUUGUUAGAGUUCACGAUGAAGCAUCUGCUGGUGGACUCUGGGGUUUCAUUAAGGGUGUAGCUGGGAAUCCUAUGGUGAAAUCUGUGCUUGAUAAAACCAAACAUUCAGUAGAAAGUAUGAUCACAACGCUGGAUCCUGGCAUGGUCCCCUACAUCAAAUCUGGAGGUGAACUGGAUAUUGUAGUGACCUCAAAUAAAGAAGUAAAAGUUGCUGCCGUCCGAGAUGCCUUCCAGGAAGUCUUCGGCUUAGCUGUUGUUAUAGGGGAAGCUGGGCAGUCCAACAUUGCCCCACAACCAGUGGGCUAUGCGGCUGGAUUAAAAGGCGCCCAGGAACGAAUAGAUAGCUUACGUCGAACUGGAGUGAUCCAUGAAAAACAGACUGCUGUGUCAGUAGAAAACUUCAUUGCAGAAUUGUUACCUGACAAAUGGUUUGACAUAGGUUGUCUGAUAAUUGAAGAUCCUGCCCAUGGUAUUCAUCUAGAAGCGUUCACACAAGCUACACCAGUGCCUUUGGAAUUUGUACAGCAGGCUCAAAAUCUAACUCCCCAGGACUACAGUCUGAGGUGGUCUGGCCUUUUGGUGACAGUGGGUGAAGUCCUGGAAAAGAGUCUUGUAAAUGUCAGCCGGACUGACUGGCACAUGGCUUUUACUGGCAUGUCCCGUCGGCAGAUGAUCUACAGCGCAGCCAAAGCAAUAGCAGGCAUGUAUAAGCAGCGCUUGCCGCCCAGGACCAUGUGAGAGAAGGGCCUCCAACACCAAGACUUCUUCCUCCUGAGCUUGGUGGUAAAGAAACCAGCAUACAUAUUUUCAUGCAUUGGAUAAUGUUAAUGAAUCCAGCAGUUUUGAUAGCUCCCUUCUAUGCUGAAGUUUUGUUUUGUUUUUUCCUAGAAAAGCAUGGUAGAUGAAAAGAAACCUUUUUUAUGCUAGUACAAUUUCACAUACCGUAGUUCUCAAAAAAGGAAAAUAUAUAACUAUUUUUGUAGGACAAUAUUCCAAAUUUAUAAGGUACACACUUCAUGGCCUGUGUACUUGUUUUGUUAAGACAGUUAAAUAUGUUUACUGAAUAAUCUUUAAAAGCAUUUUUUUCUCUCUUAUAAUUCAUGGUUAAUUUCUUCCCUGCCAACCUUUGAAGGUUUGUGUGUAUGCACUUGAUCUCAGGUCUUACUCGAGUGUGUGCUCAAUUACUGACCUUAAGAAACCUUGUGUCUGUGCAUAUUUUCACAUGAGCCAAGUAAUGGAAUUGAAUCAUUUUCCUUUUUGGUCAUUACUUUCAUACAGUCUGAAAAAUUCUACUCUUUUUCUCAUAAGUUAGCUUUGGCAUCUCAUAAAUUUAUACUAUGAACAUUCGGAUAUUUUAUUUUUUUCAUGGCCAGGUGUGUGACUAAGUGGAAAAUGAUUCAGAUGUUUUAAAACAGAAACACUUGUGUUAUUUUUGUAUAAUACACUUCUGUAUUUCCAAGAAACUUAACAAUAAUCAUGCUUCUGUUUCCGCUUAUAUUCUCACAGUUGUAAUAGAGAACUUUUGGGAAAAGAAUUAUUUGUUGUAUAUGAGAUUUUAUGCUUUUUUGUUUUCAUUAAAUCUAUUUAGUUUGCCAUGAACAUUACUUUUCCAACUUUUUACUAUUAUACCUUUACUUUUUAUGAAAUUUUCAAAGGUGUUAUUUUGUAUUCAAAUCAGUUUACUUAGUCCAUUCUGUUUAUAUUUAGUGAAAGCUUCUUUUUCCUCCCCAAAUAAUAUAUUUUGCCACUUUUUUGAUUUGUAUAAAUAAAAAUUAAAUAGUUUGUAUUAUACUAUUGAACUAUUAUAUAUGCAAGUUCAAAUAACUUUUUUAAAUAGUUUCUUAUAUAAAAUGUUAUUUAAUUUUUAUUUACUCUUCUAUAUAAUUCUUUAUAUGUAAAACCAUCAGCACAGUCCUCUGGCAGCUUUAUAAAAGAUGUUGACUCUUAUUCUGCUUAGUCACUACAUGCAAAUUUUCUUUUUAGCAAUAUUAUUUCAAGUGCUUUUUUUUCUUCUUUUUUUAUCCAAAGAGGAAAGGAGUAAGCUAACUUCACAACUGUGGUCUGUGUUACUUUUCAGGCAAUGUGUGAUGCUUGAUCAGUGAACUCUGACUUCUGUGUCAUUAAAAGUAAUAAGAGAGAAAAAAGAUGACGGUUGCUGUCACUUUAUAAAAACAAAAUGUUUUUGUUUUUUCCUUUAUUGGCACUUGUGGAGCACUACAUCUGUCCUUUCUCCAUUCUUGAAAAGAAAGAAAAGCCCCUCUACCAUUUGCUUCUGUCCUUAAUCUAAAAGGCUGGCUUUUCCUAACAAUAUUCUGCUGUGCCACUAGCCUGAUGAUUCAGCACAAAUUAGGAGCCUGAGAAAAGGGGUGUUCCUAUUCAAAUAUUCUGCUCCUUUCUAUAGUAGGGACAUUUUCUAUUAUCCUUAAAAUAUCUGAGUUUUAAUGUUAUUAUUGCCCAGUCUCAAAUAUCUGAUGUUCCCAGAAGGUGUUUUUACAGAAUCACAAACACUGACAGCUCAUUAAUCAGAAUCUAUAAAAUAACAAAUGCAGAGUUCUUCUCUGGCUUAGUUGCAGUCAGACCCUUCGCCUGCACCUGGCUGUUUGGUAGGCUUUCAGCUCUUCGGAACAUAGAGUGGGUGAGGAUCAGGGAAGGACAGAUGGAAAAGAUAAAUACAUGAUCUAGUUUAGUCCUCUGAUUCUUUUUUUAGGCCACUUAUCUUUGAGAAGCAUCAGAGCGUGACUGACUCCACAUGUUCAGCUUUUCCAACCUUUUGUUUAUUUUUUUCAUCCUUGGAUUUUCCUGUUACAGAAGGGGUAAGAAAAGUAACUCGGGCAGCUCUAGCCAGGCAAUCUUUUGUGUUUUUAUUUUGGCUCAGUUCAGGGCUGUCAUCCCCGUUACCCACCCUCUGGCUGCCCCUUGCUCUUUUCUCUUGCUGCUCAUUUCCUUAUAACUUCCACACUAGCAUUAUUUUAAGGUGAGCCACACAGGGCCUAUGUGCUAUUUUUCUCCUUCAAGCAUCUCAGGUAAACUUGUCUUUUAGCAUUGCUUUAAAAAAAAAAAAAUUAACAUGGUUGUUUUGACUGUUUGUGAUUCCCCUCCCACCCCACCCCCCCUUUGAAAUCCACAUAUUGGGGUUUUUUUACAAGAUUGUACAAUUAUUUUUUUCAUUUUAAAUCAAAAAUGUAUACGAACAGGGAGAAUAACAUCAACCUGUGUCGAGAGCAGCUUACUCAAGAUAUUUAGUCUAAGCUUUUCCUGUUAAGGUUAUCAACGAACCCUGGGCCUGGAGCUGCACCCUGGAUGGCUAGGUUUGGGUUUGGAAAGCCUUAGGCAAUGCUGGCUCUUCUGUGUCUCUUAUUAUUAUUUCCCAUUCUUUGUUCCUCUUUUUCCCAAGGAUUAGUGAGGUAGAACACUGAGAUGAAUGUAGACAAAAUAGUGGUGUGAAAGUAUAAAUAAUAGGUAAGGUACUGAUCAAAUUUUCUUAUACACAUCUAUUGGAAAAUGUGCAAAUUUGUAAUAUACUCAGGGUCAACUAAAUUCUUUAAGUUAAAUUUACUUGCUUAGCUGGAGAAAUGUUCUACUUCAGAAUUUGUGCCCUAUGAAGCCAAAUUGGCGAUCUGCAUACUAAAUGAUGUUGGGUUAUGUAUGAAUUCAGAAACUUUGCUUUUUGCUCUUACAGUGUAAUGCUCAUUUUAAAAAUACCCUGCAGGGUGAUGUAUUGAAUAAAACCAAUUUUGUAAGUAUGUAAAUAUGUCAUAAAUAAAUAAUACCUCAACUUA